AUGCAUUUCUGGCGGCAUGGGAUCCGGGAGCCUCAGAGUUGCCUUCAAGAGUUGAUUCUCCAGGUGCUAUGUUUAGUGUUUGUGCCCCUGCAGGUGGACUACGUUUCUCGCCAGCUGCAGCGAGUCUACAAGCUGCACGCAGGACCGAUAUGGUCCCUCAGCGUGAGCGACGCCUUCUGCGCAACUGCGUCGGAGGAUGGCUUCAUUCGAGUAUGGCCUCUGACGUUUCAGAGUUGCUUCAUGCAUGUGAAAAGCCAAGAAGCGGCCGCCGUGGGUGUCGACGGAUCUGAAGAUGGCCUGCAGCUGCUGUGCACUGCCGCGGAUGGAAGCGUGGGAGUCCUGAAUCUGGGCUCUCAGCAAUACCAGCCCCUUCUCAGGACGCACGCCAGGCCUAUCAGGGACGCAGCAGCUUUCGAGUUUCAGUCGUCUGCUGACCUGCCGACGCGGGUAGCCUGCCAUCCCCUGGAACGCGUGCUCGCAGUUGGCUUCGAUAGCGGCGCUCUGCGAGUGUUUGACAUCGACGCGAAGCCUCCUCAGGUGAUGUUGGAAGCUCGGCAUCACUUGCAUUCGAUCUGCGGGAUCUAUUUCGUCCGAAAUGCGGCCAGGGACCACCGCGAGAGCCACGUGGAGCAAAGCCGCUGUCUCCUCGUCGCCGUGGACUCCUGUGGAGCCAUUUCGAUCCACGACGAGCAGCUGGAGUACCAACUAACACAGCGCAUCGAAAAUCCUGGAGUCCACCUACCGCCGGGAGACAUGCCGCCUCUUGCCUUCAGUCCUGGUGGGGAGAUUAUGGCUCGUUACUUCGAUGGCCGUUGCAUCUGCUGCUUCGCAUUCCCAUCCCUUCUUUACAAAGCGAAAGUUUGCCUGCCUCGGCCUGCUCGAAGGGCCAGCGCAAGUACUCUCUCGGCGCUGCCCUACACUGCUUCGGCAAAACAAGGCUCCACUGAAGGCGGCGCACAAAUUACUGCCUAUGGCUUCGUGGGAAGCGAUCAGGGUGUUUUGGUCGUUUGUUCCAGCGAUUCAAAGAUGAGGUUCUACGACCUAAGAGAAGCGUCAGGACCCGACCCUUGUCCAGACUCGCCUUUUGACGAAGAAGGCCACUCUUUCACGCCUCCCUAUUGGUCGCCUCGGAGUGUCACAGCCGGCGCAACUCAGCGGAGUCGGAGCUGCACUCGAGGCGGCUGUACACCUAAGACUAUUAGUCUCUCCGGUCGGCCCUCGACGGGCUGCAGCGACGCCAGCAAGCGUUGCUCGAGCCUGAGUCAACGACCUGUGCUUCCAGCUGCUUCUUGUUUUGGUGUCCUGUCACGGUGUCUCACCUGCAUACGAGAAAUUCCCCUCAUGAGCGGCGCCAUCACAGCGGCGAUUGUCACGCACUUUGAACUGGAUUCCCAACGGGGUCUCAUGAGAGAAGAGGACAACGUGACUGCCCGAGCGAAAGAUGCGUUUCCUCAAAUUGCAUUGACGGCUGGGACGGAUAAUAUUGUCAAGCUCUGGAACAUGGAUGCGUCGCCAUGUCUCGAUAGUCCUCGGCAAAGGAAAGGGCAGCUGUCAUUUGGUUGGUCCGCUUGUCGUUCCUCCCGGCCCUCCUCGGGUGUCGUCCCAGGCGUGUCUCCCUCUUCCCCCUCUCGAGCUCGUUCUGUUUUUCCUAGCCCGGUGGUGAACGAUCUUCCGCCCUUCCAGUCAUUCAGCGGGCACCUGGGAACGCCUUUCAGGCUCUUUGUUUGCGGAGACCUCGUCGUCUCCGUCAGUUCUGCCGAUGUGGUGCUUUGGGCGUUCCAGCACCGCGAGCUGGAGGCCCUUGCUGCUCAGUGUGUGCCUCUUCAGUUUCCUCAGUUUCGGCCCCCUCUCUGCGUCCACGUGGACGCCGCGAGAACGAAGAAGAACGGGGAACGAUAUGAGUCCCCGCACUCUCUCAGUCUCGGCAAGGACCUGUCCGGUCAAUUUCCUGUCUGUCGUCCAACUCCUGUGUCUGGCAGGAGCGUAGUGGUUUUGCCUUCCGGCCCUCGCCACGCCACACGUGGCGGAGAUACCCCUGACUCCAGUGGGAUGAACGGGACCGAGCAGGCGCCAGGAAACCCGCUGCGUCGAAUGGAAGCUUCAGUGGCGCAGGCAGCACUUUGCUGCUCUUCCCAGUCCUCGAGUUCGCACCCGCUAGCUUGUCGUUCUCUCUCUGCUGACAGCAAAACGAAUACGCACUCCGACCUGAGAGGAGCGCCAGCGUCCGAGUCAACUAGUACAAACGGAGGCCGACCGGCCGCCUCUACAGACUCAGAUGGACGUUGUCAAACCGAAGAAGUCAGAUGCGUGGAAACUGACUGCACCUACGUUGAGGUCAUUGAGCCUGGCGACACCUCACGCCUUCUCCAGCUGCGGCACAUCGUUGGGGCUACGGUUGCAACUAGCAGAGGCGGAUGCAUUUGGAGACCUCUGCAGGGUCUCCUUUGUCACGCAGUGGGCGACUGGGUUUUAGUGGAGCGUUUGGAUGUUCGCAGUCGGUGCGACUCAGAGGGAAAGUGCCUAGGGCUUCUUCCCGCUCAGUCUUCUGCGGCUGCUUCCCUGGAAGGGGGGCCUUCCCGCUGCAUAUGGCGUCGGUCGUCUGACCCCCUUUUCAGAGACUUGUCCCGUGGCUCCGCGUGUCCAGCUAGUUCCUGCGAAAAGCAGAAUGGCACGCGCAUUUUCCCCUUCAAUCGCAAGUCUUCUGCGCCAGGACCUGGCGGAUUUCACUCCCGUUCCCUGGGUAGAGAGGCGCCUAAAAGCUGCCACGCCCGCUGCGUAUCGCCUCAGCCUAGUACGUCGCGAACGGGCAUCAGGAAACGGAAGGAAGACAAAGACUUUUUCGGUCUCGCUUGCGAGAAACACCGGGCCGCGCGAGACCAUUUCAGUGUAUGUAGGGAUUCUCGUCUCGGACUGGUCUUGACCAUGGCAGUCAACCAAAAAGGCACAGUUCUCGCGACUAUCCAUACAAGUCGAGUCCAGCUUGAGGAAGUAAAAGGGAAAUUCUCCGGGGAGGAAGAAGAGCGAGGUUUUGACAAGAUUCUCGCUGUGUGGCGCCUCGACGACUGCAUGAUUGCUCGGCUUGUAGUUCUUCCUCGAGCCUGGUAUUCCGAGUCGCCGUCCGGACAGGAACCCACAGAGGCGGGGAAGCCCGUCUCCCCUGCCCUUGCUUUCUGCGGCACCGAGUACCUCGUUGUGGCGAGCGCCUCUAGCCGUCCACAUCUUGAUGUCUAUCUCCUCAGUGAUUUCCUUAAAGUCACGCCUGAUUUGGCUUCUCUCCCGAUCCCUCCGCUUCAGCCCGCGCCUGUUGUCGGUACCGCUGUCGACACGCCUGUCGUCCGGCUGCUCACAUGCGCCAAGACUGAUGAUGUUGAGAUUGUUUACAUUUCUCCUCGCUCAACGAUAUUUUGGAAAGUCGAUCAUGUCCAUUCUUUGCAUGAGGAUGUGGAGCUGGAGCAGUGCCAUUUUGUGGAAAGGUCUGGAGGUGUGCGCUGUGGAUGCGACGUUCGCUCCACCUCAAGAUGCCUCGAAUGCGACGAUCAUGGACUGGACAUAGACCAUGGCCUGUCCCUUCACUUCCAAUUCGCCGACCUUCCCUGGCGCAUGAGAGACGAUCCGGAUCUUUGCCACACUACGGGUUGUCUGACACGUCGAUGUCCCUCGAGUCCGACGCUGUUACUGUUGGCGACGAACGCUGGCUUCGUGUACGGCGUAAACUUCGACACCAACACUCUGGUCUUUGAGCUUCAAGUUGCCACGGCUGAGCCCGUGACAUUUAUUGCCUGCGAUCGAGCCCAAGAUCUGUUUUGUGGCUUGGGGUCCACUCUGAAGCGCUGGAGCGUCGACCUCGUCUCUCUUUUGCCAAUACCAGGAACGGGCGAGGAAGAGGCCCUCCAGCAUUCCCCUCCCCGUUUGGCCCUCGUAGAUCUACGGGGCAGCACCGUCAGCACAGAGUUUCAACUUGACGGAGUGGUGAAGACUAUGCAGUCCGACGCUCAAGCAGCGGAGGCGGUUGUAUCAACAUCUGCGAACACAAUCUGGUAUCUCCAGUGGAACCAAAAGGCGCGCGUGCGGUUGCAGUCGGGGCACACGGGGCCCAUACGUUUCGUCUGUUCUGCCUACGGUUUGACAGUGCCUUGCAGUCGUCGGUUUCCCCGUCAUCAUUUCUCAGCCGAAGGGAAAGAGCAGUCUCGUGGCUCCGGUGGCACCGUUCCUUCUCAGUUGUGUCGUCUCGACAGUUCUCUCCCCUCUUGCUCCGAAAUCUUUGCGACUGCCGGAGACGAUCUGACAAUUCGUCUGUGGUCAUGUUGGCCGCGACCUCAGCAGGUCGCAAUUUUUUCUCUGAAGCAACGCUGCUGUGGACUCGCGUUCAUCCAGCCUGACGUCCUCACUGCGAUCUUCGACAACGGUUGUCUUCGUUUAAUCGACAUUCGCUGCUUCCGAAUCGUUGGCAGACUGCAAGCAACCCCUGAAGGAGACGCACCCACGAGUCUAGCAUGUGUCACGGAGAACCACGCCCUGGUUGCAACGCGGUCGGGAGUGGUCCUCUCGAUACAGCUGGUGACAGAGAAUCCUUCUGGCGUGUCUCCUAAACGGCUGCCUCAUAGCGGACCAGAAACGCACCAGAAAACGAUCAAGCAUGCCAGUAUCUCGAGGAUAACGGCGCUCCUUUUCGGCAACGUUGGGUCCACCCUGCAAUCCACGUGUUCACAAGAAGGCGACACGUCGGGUGAAAGUCCCUGGGCACCGCCUCCCAUCACCCACAUGGCUGUUUCCAGGGAAUUCUCGAAGUUGAGCAAAGAUGAAGCGUCUGUCCCUUGUUCUGAAAGAGAGCUGCUCUUUGCGAGGGUGGCCGUCACCACCAGGGGCGGCUUAUGUGCCAUUGGUACAUACGCCCCCAAUCGGUCUUCAAAGCACCUGACGUGGUUGACUGAUCAGAGCUUCGUGGUCAAAGUUUCUCCGCGUGCAGACCAGGGGCACUGUUAUACGGCAGAAAGAGCUGACUGGUCGCAAGCAGCUUUCGUAGGGGAAGACGCGUUGGUGAUUGUUCGUGCUAGCACUGUUUUUCUCGUCCGGAUUGCGGCAAAAGAGGUGGUGAAAAAAGUUCGCGUGCUAGAUCGAGUCCCGGAUGGCUGCCUCAACGAAAGACAAUGGAUGGUGGCUUCUCUUGCAUAUUUGGCGCAAAAGAAAGCGUUGGUCUUAAUUCUCAAAGGUGGCUCAUUUCUGGUCCUCGACGUGCCAAGUCUGUUCGCUUCUUCUGGUCCGUGCCGGAAUAUCCAUCCUUGUUUGGAUCAGGUCGUGGCGACGGUUCCCUCCACAGAAUUGCCUUCUUUCGUUUCUGUAGCUCUGAUUGGACCAACUCACGUCCUGGUGGGGGUCAAGGAAGUUGUCACUUCUGUACGAAUUGUCUGACCUUGGUGGUUGCACAUUAAGGCGCAAAAGAAUUGGCAACCGCAUCAACAGUGAUUAGGCAACAAGCUGACAUCACAUACUAUCGGUGUCACAUCUCGAAUCAGCACCAGCGUGUAUACCACGAGCCUUCAGAAAAGUGCGUAUCCUAUGUUGCCCACAUCACUCAUCGGCGACUACAACGGACGGAGCGCGGCGUUCGUCUCGAUGUAGGGUAGGGUGUGGUCCAUGUGUGCUGUUCAUUCUGGUUUCGACGAGUGGAUGCUGUACAGUGUAUUAUGGGGGGCCAGGCUCUUUU